AUGAGUCCUUUAAUGUGUUGUUCGUCAGUGGUCACGGUAGGGUUGUUGCUGCUGGUGCUGCAGGGUGCCAUUCAGGAGGCGAACGGGAAGUACGUGUACAAUGAUUCGGAAGAGAACGUGCUCGAUGUGAAGUACCUUGAGGCGCUGGAAAACCUCAAGGAAGCUCACGCUCACGCCGGGGGUCAGAUCCAUUCGACCGUUUCGGAAAAAUCCAAAUCCUAUCCGGUGCCCGUGUUCCAGAAGGUUGGCGUACCGGUGCCCCAUCCGGUGCCCAUCGCUGUGCCGCACUACAUCAAGGUCUACAUUCCGCAACCGUAUCCGCUGCAGGUGAACGUGGAGCAACCGAUCAAGAUCCCGAUCUACAAAGUGAUCCCGAAGGUGAUCGAGAAACCGGUCCCGUACACGGUCGAGAAACCGUACCCGAUCGAGGUGGAGAAACCGUUCCCCGUGGAGGUGCUGAAGAAGAUCGAGGUCCCCGUUCCGAAACCAUUUCCGGUUCCGGUGACCGUCUACAAGCACAUCAUGCAGAACGAGAAAACGCAUCGUAACUGGCAUUUCUAG